CACCUAAAUCUCUCAUUUACCACAGCGUCACAACCACCUCAUUUGUACCAUAACUGUCUUUUUAAAUAUUCUUUUUUUGACGCAAGAUGGCGUACCAAGUGCAACCGCAGCAGGGAGACUUCGUUAGUGGUGAUCAGCAUCGUUAUGUGCUCACGAACUUCCGUAUAGCCCACGAGAAGGUCGAACAGCAACGGAUACAGCUACAAGAGCAGGAAAAACAGGUCGCCCAGCUACAAUCUCGAAUAGCGACUCUUGAAGGCAGAGAAGACCACCAUACCCCCGCGAGAAUCGCAAACAACCAAGGAGGAACUUCCGUUGACGAUUGGUCUAUAAAAAACACUGCUUCCAAACUCGAGAAACUCAUCAACCGCUGGGCAGCAGAUGUCAUCCGUUCACCUCCAAUACCCCUAAGCGGCUUGCGAGACACUAUACUCCUGGACAUCCUCGGAGGUCAUGAACCAGAUCCCUGCGAGCCCCCUCCAAUGCUCCUGCAAAGUCUCCUAAGGCACGCAAUGGCAGAGACAAUUUCAGAAGCUGUUGUCAACUGUCUCAUCGUGACCAACUCACACGAAGCGAACGUUCAGCUCACUCGUAUCCACGAACACCUAUUCGCACGAGAUCCGACGGUUGCGAGUGUUUGGCGACGACAGACGUUCUCUGCUGCUGUGGAGGCAUGUUCACCUGCGAUGUCUGGACAGUUACUCGCGGAGACGAUGCCCGCGUUGACCGAUCUUUUCACUAUAAAGGAGACAGGGGAGCUCGAUCCAUCUGUUGCAUCCCUCCUCGAGUCUGCUGUCAACUUCUCUCGCAUGUUACAUGGUUCAGGCGCCGGGUCAGUCGGCGCUGAUACGUUCUACCGCGCCUUCGUACCUGAACUCGGUAGCAUAUUAUACCCGCGACAGGUCGAACUCAUUAAGCGCUGUCUGAAGAGCGAAAGUGGUCUUCAGGAUAUUGUGGGAGCAACUGUUUUCCCUGGUUUAGUCAAGGUCAGCAAGGGUGCUCCAGGUUCUGAUGGGAAAUCAGAUAUGAUCCAGACUGUUGUUCGACGAGCUCAGGUCAUUUGUAGGUGUGCUUUGGAACCUAGAGAGGGAGGCGCGGUUGCUCCAUCUGAGAAUAGCUCGGAUAGUUUCUAGUUACUUUUCCCAUAUAGUCUACGACAUACGGGCAUUGUGGUAUCUCACUUAUUUUAUUUAUCU